AUGAGAAAUUCAACAGGAAACUGCCAUUUCGGCGUUUUAAAGAAUAAAAAUGGAUUUUUUCCUCUCAGUUAUCUCGUUCUGCCGGUUGUAAGAAUGGUAGAAGCUUUAAUUCGUCUACCCCACAAAACCGGAUAUUUUUCUCACAAGACCCAUCAACAGACAUCUUUGACUAUUUCUUAA